GACCUGCCCUCUGUGUCCCUCCCUGGGACCAGGAUUAACCCCUUGCUCCCUUGUGAUGAGGAGUGAGGGACAGUCGUCUCCUGGGGAGGAGAAAAAGACCUGCUGUCUAUGUGUGCCUAGUGACUUCAGGGCAGAACUUGGACAAGCACAUGUCUAGUUCAGCUCUUUGUUUUCCUAGGUUUGGGCUCCCCAGACGAGGCACAUUAGAACCUCCCAUUUCUCCACUCUUCUGGGUCAAAUUCUGACUUGUAGGUCAGAGGCUAGAGAGAACUGCGAUGGAGAAGGAGGAGGUGCAGGGCGUGCGGGUGUGGAUGGGCAAGGUGGGGAAGAGCAGGUGGACUGAUGGUAAGACCAGCAGCUUUAAGUCUGAGGGGCAGGAAGACCCCUGCUUCACCCUCAGUGCACCCUAGCAAGGCUGCCGGUUUGCAACAGUCUCAACUUUCCCAUUGGAGAGCCCCCAGGAUUGGCCUGGGGACACCCUCAAAGCAUUUUCCCAGGGUAUGUCACUCUGGGUCACAGGGCCGGCCUCACAGGCUGCCUCCCUUUCUUUCAGCAGACCCUUCUGCCCUCCUUUGCUGGCGACGGUCUCCCAAAUGCAGAUGGCUGUGCUCCCUUGCCUGGGUCUUAUCCUGCUUCUCUGGAGCCAGGUGCCAGGGGUCCAGGGCCAAGAAUUCCAAUUUGGGCCCUGCCAAGUGAAGGGGGUUGUUCCCCAGAAACUGUGGGAAGCCUUCUGGGCUGUGAAAGACACUGUGCAAUCUCAGGAUAACAUCAGGAGUGUCCGGCUGCUGCAGCAAGAGGUUCUGCAGAAUGUCUCGGAUGCUGAGAGCUGUUACCUUGUCCACACCCUGCUGGAGUUCUACUUGAAAACUGUUUUCAAAAACUACCACAAUAGAACAGUUGAAGUCAGGACUCUGAAGUCGUUCUCUACUCUGGCCAACAACUUUGUUCUCAUCGUGUCACAACUGCAACCCAGUCAGGAAAAUGAGAUGUUUUCCAUCAGAGACAGUGCACACAGGCGGUUUCUGCUAUUCCGGAGAGCAUUCAAACAGUUGGACAUAGAAGCAGCUCUGACCAAAGCCCUUGGGGAAGUGGACAUUCUUCUGACCUGGAUGCAGCAAUUCUACAAGCUCUGAAUGUCUAGAUCAGGACCCCCCUUCCCCCACUGGUUCAUUCCCUGUGUCAUUUCAAACAGUCUCCCUUCCUAUGCUGUUCACUGGACACUUCAUACCCUUGGCCAUGGGUCCCAUUUUUGGCCCAGGAUUAUUGUCAAAGAAGUCAUUCUUUAAGCAGCCCCAGUGACAGUCAGGGAAGGUGCCUCUGGAUGCUGUGAAGAGUCUACAAAGAAGAUUCCUGUAUUUAUUACAACUCUAUUUAAUUAAUGUCAGUAUUUCAACUGAAGUUCUAUUUAUUUGUGAGACUGUAAGUUACAUGAAGGCAGCAGAAUAUUGUGCCCCAUGCUUCUUUACCCCUCACAAUCCUUGCCACAAUGUGGGGCAGUGGAUGGGUGCUCAGUAAGUACUUAAUAAACUGUGGUGGUUUUUUUGGUCUGUCUUUGGAUUGUUAAAAAACAGAGAGGGAUGAUGGCAUGUAAAACUGAACUUUAGAGUGUGAAAAUCACACUGUCUUCUGAUAUCUGCAGGGACAGAGCAUUGGGGUGGGGGUAAGGUGCAUCGGUUUGAAAAGCAAAUGAUAAAAUGUGGAUUAAAGUGCCCAGCACAAAGCAGAUCCUCACUAAACAUUUCAUUUCCCACCCACACUCACCAACCCACCCCAUCAUCCCUUUCCCUUGGUGCCCUCCUUUUCUUUUUGUCCUAGUCAUUCUUCCCUAAUGUGCCACUUGAGUGUCAAGCUGACCUUGCUGAUGUUGACAUUGCACUUGGAUGUACCAUCCAAUCUGUGAUGACAUUCCCUGCUAAUAAAAGACAACACAACUCAA